AGAACGGAGCAUUGCUAGAAAUUUCAAGUCUGAUCAGGUGAAGAAAGAGACGCAGAGAGAGAUGGCAACGAGUGGCAGGGACGCUCGACGAAGAAAAAUUGUGGAUAGGGGAUCUGAUCGCCUCGCUCUCAUCUCUGGUCGAAUCCAAAAUUUAUCAUCAUCAUCAACAACACAACCACAUCAUUCCAGCACAUUAUCAACACCGGAAUUGUUUUUCGAUUAUCAGAAACUGCAAUCCCAUCGUCCAACUCAAAGCAGUGUCUCUUUUCAUGGUAAAGAAGAUGCCUCUGACAGUGACUCACCAAAAUAUGAGAUCAGAAAUGAAUCUGCUAGCAAUGCUGCCUCUGGCACUGACUCAACAAAAUAUGAGAUCAGAAAUGAAUUUGCUAGCAAUGCUGCCACUGGCACAAUGAGCAGAAUGGAGCCUCACCUCAAGAAAUGUGAGACAAGCAUUGACUACCUAAGAACUGCUCCUCUAGACAUCAGCGGCAAACCACCAGCAUCUAUUACCUUGUCGUCAUCAAAGGCUCAGAAAUUGUCCACUUCGAUGGUUGAUGCUGAACCACGUAGUGAACCCCAGCAACAUCACUCCAGAAUUUUCACUGCCAAUCGAAUUAGCUCCUCCAUCUCUGCUUCUGAAAGAACCCGUCUUCUUUGUUCCAUCGGCAUAGCCAUUAUUGUUGUUCUAUCACAUCUCAGGUUUCCUUUACUUGGCAGUAGCUUUGUAAGGAGCACCAUAGCAGCUGGGCCAGUUUAUCUCAUCUUAUUGACCGAUGUUACUCUUGUUAUUGCACGGCUGCUAUUUGAAGAAAAAGGACAUUCUCGCAAAGCUAAAGAAGAAGCGACACCGGAACCUUCUGAAGAUGGGUGUGAUUGGGCAGAGGGGCUAGGUAAGGCCUUAGAGAUGGGGUUGAUUUUGCACAAGGUGAUUGGUGCUGCAUUUUUGGAUUGCAGUGUUUAUUUGGUAAUUAUUAUCUGUGGUCUUUCUCUGGUAUAACGUUAGUUGUAGUGUUAACACCUUGAGAUUCUCUA